CCGGCGCUGUGACAGGUGCGGGACGCGGGGGAAAGAAAUCGAUAGUCUUGGCACUAGAGACGAUGUUGGACUCCGCUAGUUGUGAUCGCGCCGCCACACGCCACACACCCUAAUCACCGCUUUGCGACUGUUCACAAUCAACUUGCCGUACGAGGGCUGCAUUUAUCGCCGAUGGCCACAGACGAAAACACGCAGAAAGGUGCGCGCGCGUGGGCGGUAAUGUGGUGGCGCGCGCUUGUGGCCGAGGUGCUGGCCACAGCGUUGCUCGUGGGGCUCGGCGCUGCUGCUCUGCUGCCACCCGGUGCACCAUUAUCCCACCCUGCGCUAGCCUUCGGUUUCCUCGUCGUCGCCCUCAUCGAGGGGUUCGGCGGUAUUUCGGGUGCGCACAUGAACCCGGCCGUAACGCUGGCGGCGGCGAUGGCUGGGCGGCUACCGUGGACCGCGGCGCUACCUUACGUCGUAGCGCAAGUGGUGGGCGCCACGCUUGGAUUCGGAGUGCUUAUGCUGGUAUCGCCGGCAGCGUUCUUUGCGAACGGGCCAGUGGGCGGAACAGCACCAGGAUCCGGCGUGGGCGUGUUUGGCGCAGCGCUAUUAGAGGCGCUCUUGACGGGAACAUUGGUGUUGACGGCUGGUGGCAUUUGGCGCGCAGAAGAUGCGGGUCGUGUCGAUCCUGCGGCGUCCUUGAAGCUUGGUCUGGUAGUGGCAGGCCUAAUUUACGCAGGCGGGCCUCUCACGGGCGCCAGUCUUAAUCCUGCCCGUAGCUUUGCUCCUGCACUCUUGCAGGGUUUCACUGCCGACCAUUGGGUAUACUGGGUCGGUCCGCUAGGUGGCGCAGCGGCAGCUUCUCUCCUUCAGCGCGCUCUUAGCCCGCCCGCACCGCGUCCUGCCCUCCCCGAAGACAUACCCUUACACGACAAAGCAGAGGCAUAACGACUUUCCUACUACAUUACGAGUGUCGUAAAAUAAUUUGUACAUAUGUAAUUUAAAUAAACUUUUUAAAUGGACCUAUAAUUUCGAAAACAA